AAAAAAGCUUCACAAGACGGUAAAAACAAAAGCCCAUGAGAACCAUCUGGUUUUACUCCAAACAAAUAUAAACAGGAAGCUGAACGCAACUGAUGCCAGUGUCCUUCAGCCGACGGAAAAGAUUACUGCGAGAAAACGAGAAAAAGUAACAAAAAUGUUGCGCAUGCUGACUCAUGUGGUUCUGAUUUUCCUUGCUCUUCAAGUUACUAUGGCAACGGUUGGUAUAAGUAACGAAGAAGUACUGUCGCCCGGUGUACCCGCUAAAGCCUUGGGCGACGAGCUAAAGGACGAAGAUCUUCCCAUCGAGGAUAUGGGCACUAAAGAGCCAAAGAUUUCAAGAUAUAUUCCACCUCAUGACUCUUGUACCAAAGAAAGGCGAAUUGUGUAUAAGUGUGGCAAAUAUCGAACGAUCUCCGUCUGCAACCAUUCUGAUCGGCUUAAUUCUUGUACUAAAAGCAAAACCCGGGCAUGUGUUCCAGAAGUUAUGAAAACAAAAUGUGGUGAGACAAUCAUACGCGCUUGUAAAUGUCAAUCAGCAACAUACUAGAGAAGUAAAUUAAUUAAUUUAUCUCCUGAUUCCGCGUGAAUUUUAAUUGGUGGCAAUGAUUGCUAAACUAGGAGUGAAACCCUUAGUACUUCUAGAUGCAAGCUUUUGGCUGAGUAUUUUAAAGUUUUACACAUUUAAUAUCCGCUCGAGACUCUGCUACAGAUGAUUUUGGGUAAGUGCUCACAAAUUGCCAACAACGAAAAAUUUGUCAUUGUAUCGUUCAAGACAUCACAGCGACGGUGUAUCUUGAUUUUGUUUACGAGCGAAGCAACUAACCCAAUUCUUCUGAUUGAUGGCUCUUUUACUCAAACCCAGUCCUGACGGACGUUUCUGACGUUUUUUAACUUAGGAAAGCAAUUUCUCUGACUUCGGAAAGCAAUUUUCCUUGGCAACGAUGAGUCAACAUUGGACGCCAUGUUACUUGCCCCAGUCUUUAGUUUAAUUCACUUUUAGCGCUCUGGGUAUCCCCAGAGGAGAUACAAAAAAUGCUAGGAUCUUUGGUACGAGGAUAUCCAAAGCUCGGGGACACCCAAAACGCUGUGACACCUCCGUCUCUCGCUCCAGGGGUGGAGGAGAAGAGGACCCUAGUGAUGAUUUUUCAGGAGCUUCGAAUAGCGAAGUAUCCGAUUAAGAGUCUAAUUAAAAGAGCUAAGAAGCCUUUGCCAUCACUUUGGGGAUCCUUUCUUUUCGCGAAAGAAUUCUUAAUUCUUUCAAGGUUCCCGAUACAUACUUAACAAAUGGUAAACACCA